AUGGCCGACUCCGGCGCCCUCGUCGUCACGGAGGCGCGGCAGCAGCAGCCGCUGAGCCAGAUCGCGGAGAGCGGGACGCACCGGCUGCUGCUCAAGCAGUGGGUCAAGGAGGAGGACCUGCUGGCGCGCCGCGUCGCGCUGCGGGAGGCCCGCCUCGACGGCUCCCGCAAGGAGAUCGCCUUCCUCUACUGCGCCUUCUUCGCCUUCCACGCCGCCUCCGUCCUGCUCCUCUUCCUCUCCUCAUCCGCUUCCUCCGGCUCCGCCUCCGCCUCGACGGCGGCGUGCAGGCGGUCCUGGAUCCCAUGCCUCGUCUCGCUGCUCUCCUCGCUCUCCAUGCUCUGGGCGCUGCGGUACAAGUCCGACACGGAGGCCGUCCUGGAGCGCCUGCUCGCGCGGGAGCGCGAGGACGCGCUGCUCCUCGCCAGGUGCGUCUCCGAGCUCAAGCGCAAGGGCGUCCACUUCGACCUGCUCAAGGAGGUGGACGCGCUGCGCAGGGCCAAGAGCCUCCGCGUCGAGGCCAAGGGCGGCGCCGACAGGCCCAGGAGGUGGCAGGCCAGGGACCUCGCCGUCGUCGCGCUCUUCGCCGCCGCCUGCGGGGUGCUCGUGCUCACCAGGUUCCUGAUCUGCAAUUAG